GUUGCUUUGGCUGUGACUCGUCUUGGCUGUGUUGACUCGCUCCUCUCUGGAUGCUUUGGAAGAGCUGUUGGACAGCUGAGGGCUGCUAGCUGUCAGCAGAGUUCUGUGUUUACCUCGGACCUUACCUGCUGACAUCUGCCAUCAGCUGUGAAUGGAGCAACGAUUCCUUGAGCUGAUUCAUUUUUAAAUACCAAAGGUUGGAGUUUUGAUCCUGGUGAAUGUACAGUCCCUACCUCAACUCCAACAGAAAUGACUACCAACAGUAUGCCUAAACAAGUCGAGGUGAGGAUGCACGAGAGUCACCUGGAGCCCAUUGAGGCCAGGCCUCAGUCCAAAUGUGCCAAAAUCUGCUCCAGUAUGUGCACGAACCUUCUGCUCACACUCACCAUCCUCGGUGUGAUCCUCGGAGCUGUAUUUGGGUGUUUGCUCCGUGUGGCCUCCCCGAUCCACCCAGACAUCGUCAUGGUGAUCGCUUUUCCUGGAGACAUCCUGAUGAGGAUGCUGAAGAUGUUGAUCCUGCCACUCAUCAUCUCCAGUUUAAUCACAGGUCUGGCCGGUUUGGAUGCCAAAUCCAGCGGUCGCCUGGGCACCAGGGCAAUGGUCUACUACAUGACCACCACGGUUAUUGCUGCCAUCCUGGGAGUCAUCCUUGUAUUGGUUAUCCACCCUGGCAACCCCAAACUGAAGGAAAAUCUGGGCCAGGGCGAGAAGAACGACGAUGUGUCCAGCUUGGAUGCCUUCUUUGAUUUGAUCAGGAACCUGUUCCCAGAAAAUCUGGUGCAGGCUUGUUUCCAACAGAUCCAGACCACGACAAAAAAGACAGAGGUGCCUUUCGUUGAGGAUGUCAAUGCAACCGUCAUGGAAGGCCUGGUUGCUAACAUUACCAGGGAGCCUUUGAUUAUCGUCUCAAAGACCCUUCAGUUCAAAAGUGGCAUGAAUGUUCUGGGUCUGAUUGGUUUCUUUAUUGCAUUUGGCAUCUGCAUGGGCAAGAUGGGAGAGAGGGCCAGGCUCAUGCUUGAAUUCUUCAACAUCCUCAAUGAGAUUGUGAUGAAACUUGUCAUCUGUAUCAUGUGGUACUCUCCCUUCGGUAUUGCCUGUCUCAUCUGUGGUAAGAUCAUCUCCAUCAAGGACCUUGAGGUGGUGGGCAGACAGCUGGGCAUGUACAUGGUCACUGUGAUCAUUGGCCUCAUCAUCCACGGAGCUAUCUUCCUGCCUGCAAUCUACUUUGCUAUUGUCAGGAAAAACCCCUAUACCUUCUUCCUGGGCAUCUUCCAGGCCUGGAUCACCGCCCUGGGGACAGCCUCUAGUGCUGGUACACUGCCUGUCACCUUCCGCUGUCUGGAGGAGAACUUAGGUAUUGACAAAAGAGUCACUCGCUUUGUGCUCCCAGUCGGUGCCACCAUCAACAUGGACGGAACUGCUCUGUAUGAGGCAGUGGCAGCCAUCUUCAUCGCCCAAAUGAACGGCAUCUACCUUGACCCUGGUCAGAUUAUCACUGUCAGUCUGACUGCCACCCUGGCCAGUGUUGGAGCGGCCAGUAUUCCCAGUGCUGGCCUGGUGACUAUGCUCCUGAUCCUGACUGCUGUAGGCCUGCCAACCGAAGACAUCAGUCUGCUGGUUGCUGUUGACUGGCUGCUGGAUCGAUUCAGGACCUCAGUCAACGUGGUGGGUGACUCCUACGGUGCAGGCAUCGUGUACCACCUGUCCAAGCUUGAGCUUGAGGAACUGGAUGCACAAACGGCCAAAUCCGACGACAUCGAAAUGACGAAGACCCAGUCUUACUACGAUGACAUGAAGAACCACCACGAAAACAAUUCCAACCAGUAACCUCAGCCACUAACGGCUCUGCUGCGGAGUGCACGCUUGUUGAGGAGGGACCAUGGAAACAUGAAUAAUGGCAGCACAGAGAUCCCCUGCUCCUGGGCUCCACAAGCUUUCCCAUCUGGUGAUAAAAAAGAGUGAAUGAAAAAAAAGUCACACGAACAGAACUACUAAUUGUUUUCUAUGUAGAUUAGUUUUCUUUUUUAUUAGUCCCUUUGAAAGUUUUUGUAACUGUCUAUCUGACUGAUAUAUAAUACUAAUUCACUUAACCGUGAAAUAAUAACAGAGGUAUACUUAGAGCACAAUUAUGUCCGUUUAGCAUAUACUUGCACAACAUACUUCAAGGCUGGGGGAGGGAAGGAAGAGAAAAAAAAACGUAAGAUAGGCUUCCCAUAGCAAUACAUCUCAUUUCUACAUUUGUGGGAGGAGUUAGGAGGAGAGAGGAAGUGGCUGUGUAGCAUGGGAAGUCCUGAGAUUAGCUUUCAAGUUUCAUUCAGGCGAUUUAUUAUUCAAAUGACAGAAGAUAAGUUGGAGUGAGAGCAUUGUUAAUGACAACCAGCGUGACGUUUGUACACCAAUCUUGACUCUCGUACUGUCAGAGAUUUUAAAGUGCAUCUGACUGAAUAAGCCCAAUAUUAGCCUCUAUGUCUGAGGUCCAGCACAACACUGUAAGGGUAGGGGGCCACACUGGGCCUCGUAAUCUACAAGCACAGUCUCAGUCAUAUUCUAAAGCACAAAUUAUACCACGAACGCCAUGUUUUAUCCCCCAGUUGUUUUACUCUAAAGGAAAGGGACUUUUAUUUCUUUAUGUCACCUGUUGAGUGAGAUGUAAAACGUGUGUGUGUGUUUGUGAGUAAUAGAGAGAGAAGGAGAUAAAGAGAGCAGGGGUUAAGAACAUGACCAAUUCAAUUAUAGGGACCAAACAGGCAGAAAAUCAAUCAACUCAUUGAGGCCUUUGAACUGCCUCCAUGACGUCACUCACAACACAUUUUUCCAGAAUCAUUUUAAAACUGACUGGCACUGAAGAUGAUAUUACCACAUUUUCUGACAGACCCUCAAAGCUAAUGAAAUCACUGCCAAAAGAUAUCUGUGAUGACAAUGAAAUUAAAAGAAGAUUAGCACCAAAAUGACUAUUGUCAAGACAAACAAUAAAAAAGAAUUGACAAAUCUGAAUAAUUAGAAGCAUAAAAAAGAGAUUAUAUAUAGAGCACAAAUGAAGACAAUGAGGAUCAUGUUCAGUCAGUGGCAUAAUCAAAGUCAGGCACAUUACCCUUUCAUGUCGAUACUGAUCAUAUUCCAAGUUAAAUGUCAGCUGUUGAAAACAUAAUAAGGGACUGCAGAUACUCAGGCUUAUUAAAUCUUUUACACAGAAAUAAAAUAUUUAAAUCCUCAAAUGUUUACCUGCUCACUAAUGAGCCUCGUUAAAAUGGCCUUCUUAAAGCACAAGUUUAUAAAGCACUGACUCUGAAAAGGUUGACAGUUUACUGCAUUGUUGAAAAAGUGUAAUUUUAUAAUAUGAUAAUAUACUGGGAAGGGAGUUUCCAAGCACACACAGGAAGCGCAUAUACAUAUUUCAAACACAUUCCAGUGGUUUAUCGAUCCUCAACAUGAGUACUCUCAGAAAGCACAGACACAGAUAUUACUGACAGAGUACAUAAAGUGAGCCACCAAUUUUUUUUUUAAGAAACAGAGGAAGAAGCAUUCAGCUGUCAGAUGGAAUCUUGGCUGCACAAACAAAGAUGGAUCAGUGAUCUUGCUCUUCCAGCUUCUUGUUUAGCCAGACAUAAAAAGUAAACAACCAUAUAUUCAACCACCAGAGCUCAAGACUGUUUCUACAACCCUAGAUGCUGCAGCUGUGCGUCCAUAUGGGUGCAAAGAUGUUUUCAGGAAACUCAGAACAGAACAAUAGACACUUCACAUGCGUUAUUCCACAAUUAUCAGGUAGUGACAAAACCUCUCAUAGAACCAAAUAGCUGAAAAAACACAGAAACAAAGCUGGACUACUGGCUGUUAUUUUGUAUUUUUUUAAGCUUAUGUGCAUAAGAGGUGAGACUUCUGUGAUAUGGGUGGAUUUGAUUUCUUUAUCAGUAUUGUGUCCUUCUCUCCUGUCUUGUUUCCUUUUAUUUGUGCUUAAUGACAACCUUGCCUUGAAGAUGUUCACUUCAAACAAAUGCCAACGUCAAAUGCCAAUUAAAGUAACAGUAGGGAACUUAACAAAAACAAUUAGCGCAGCACUCUGUCUUUUAGUUCCCUGAAACACUUUUUUUUUUAAGCUCGGCUAACAGAAGCUUUGAUACAACAAAGAUUGCGCUUGGCGUUCAGCCGUAAACACUGCACAGACUGACGCACACCAUACACACAAAAACAAGCAUGCACACACACACAUUCACUUUUAUUUUCUUCAAAUGUACACAAGAAAACACUCUUAAACCUCGAAGUCACUACAUUUGUAAUCGGUGAGCUGCAGAGCACAGCACUGACACCUCAACAGGCCCCUGAGCCUGAACUUUUGACCUUGUGAUGUUCAGGAAAAGAAAAAAAGAAUCUCUCCAGUGAGGAGACAAUGUAUAGUGCCAUCGAUGGGGAUUGAGUGUUGAACCACUAUUAUGUUCAAACACACGGCUUUAAAAGCAUGAAUUAAAUAAAAAUGAUGAUUAUUUUUUUGCACCACUAUCUUAAAAGCAUGAUAUUUGAAGUGCCUCGUUGCACUUUGUGUAUAUAUUGUAGGUAACAGAUGUUUUUUUCUUUCUUUUGAUUUAUUUUAGGGGGCGUUGAAAUGGUAAAUAGGAAUAUAGUUUCAUUGCUGUGACAUUUUUUAUGUAAUCCUCUAGAAAGAAAUAUAUAAUCUAUGUCCUGAGUAAAAUUAGAUUAGACAAAUGUAUAGAGAGGAAAUCGUGUAAUAAAUUGCUUGUUUUUUUAUUCUCUAAUAGCUGUUUACUAGUUGUUUUACUUACCUGUCACACACCAAUUUAUAAAUAUCUUUUUUUUCAUCUAAUGUAAGCGUUUUGAAUGUUUGUUCCAUGGAGAUAUAAGCAGUGUGCAUUCAUUUUCAUUGUACAUAAAUAAAUAUAUAAUUGUUCUGUUCAGUGGCGAUGCAGAAUUUAUCUGAAAUUACAGUGAUCAUGACGCAAACACUGAUUGCAUGACAAAGCGAAAGAAAGAGAGCGAGAAAGAAAGAAAGAUAGAAAGAAAGAAAGAUAGCGAGGGGAUGUUUUUGGUUUGAAAAAAAGGGGGCCAACAUGAAAUAUAUUUUGGUGGGAAUUACUGUGAUUAAGGUUUCUAAAAAGAGAGACAAAUACAAAGGAAAAGGUCAAAUGUGCCCUGCAUGUAGGAUAGAGUGAGGAAUCAAAUAUAGCCUAGUGGUUAGAUGCAUUCAGAGGCCUGUUAGAGAGCAACACUCCUCAGGUCACUCAUCUGAAACAUUUUUCUCUUUUCAAUGAAAGAAACUUGCUUUAGUCUCAGGCACCUUUGUUUACCAGGUGCAUGACAUGGAUAUAUAGAUCUUUUAGAUUCUGUUACUCUGUCUACAUGCCACAACUUCACACAUUCGACCUCUGGCGUGCCAUCAACAUCAUAGAUGUUUUUUUAGAAAUCGCAUUCGGUAAACUGCCUUUACUCCACUUGCCUUUUCUUUGCUUUCUACACAGAAACGUUAUCACCUGGAACUUGCCGAGCUAAAUGGCACUGAUAAAAUGGAAAAUUAUUGACAGUAUUUUAAACAAAAAGCCAGUUUAUCUUUGAGCUUGUCCUUUUCUACUGCAAUGUGUCUUUUUUGAAGAAACUCCCAAACAGAGCUGAUGUCUCACUGUCUCACUCCUGCCUACAACGUGCUUUCCUGAUCUUACUUUUCUAGGCCUUCCCUCUUUGUAAAGCUGUUGUAAUAUUGAUGUAAAGGCAGAGAGCGUAUGUGUGGGGGAGAAACAAUAUUGAGAAAAAAAUGGACAAAAAAAAAAUACAGAAUUCUUUACUUGGUCUAUGGUAUACAUAAAAAAA